GCGAGGGGCCGAGUAGCGCCGGGCGCCUUGGAAACGGACGGAAGCCGGGAGGGAGUGGCGGCGGGAGGAUGCUGAGCCCCGAGCGGCUCUCGCUACCGGGGCCGGAGUACCUGGCUCAAAGACAUGUCCUCACGUACAUGGAGGAUGCAGUGAGCCAGCUGCUGGAGAACAGAGAAGAUAUUAGUCAGUAUGGCAUUGCCAGGUUCUUCACUGAAUAUUUUAACAGCGUGCGUCAAGGAACACACAUCUUAUUCCGUGAGUUCAGCUUUGUGCAAGCUACCCCUCAUAAUAGGGCAUCUUUUCUUCGGACCUUCUGGAGGUGUUUCCGAACAGUGGGGAAAAAUGGAGAUUUGCUGACAGCACAGGAAUACCACUGCCUGCUGCAGCUGCUCUGCCCUGACUUCCCAAUGGAGCUCACUCAGAAAGCAGCAAGGAUUGUGCUGAUGGAUGAUGCUAUGGAUUGCCUGAUGUCUUUUUCCGAUUUCCUCUUUGCUUUCCAGAUCCAGUUCUACUACUCAGAGUUCCUGGAAAGUGUGGCUGCCAUUUAUCAAGAUCUACUAGCUGGUAAGAAUCCAAAUACUGUGAUCGUGCCAACAUCAUCCUCUGGGCAACAUCGGCAGCGCCAACCCCCAAAUGACUGCAGCCCACUCGAUGGGGUAGAAGCAUCUCUCUUCUACCAGUGCCUGGAGUCCUUGUGUGACAGAUCAAAAUACAGCUGUCCACCAUCUGCUCUUGUGAAGGAAAUGUUGAGUAGUGCACAGAGACUGACUUUCUAUGGAUUCCUUAUGGCACUUGCAAAGGAUCAGGGGAUCAACAAAGCCCUAGGGGCUUUGCCAGAUAAAGGAGACUUGUUUCUGGACCCUGCCAUGGAUCAGGAACUUGAGAAAUUGGUAGCUCAGGUUUCAGGGCUUUCCAUCUCCGGUCCCACCAGCUCCAGCGGGGACACAGCUAAUUUGCCUGUCCGUAACUCACCUAGGAUUAACUCUCCCUGGAAACCUCUGCACCAUCGCCGAAAAAUGGAUGCUGAGAGUGAAGGCUCCAAUGAAGAGACAGACUCCUCUGAAAACUGAAGGUUGCGAGAGUGGGCACUGUUCCCAUCUUAGAUUUCCCCAGAACCCCCUGGAGGAAUGGCACCUCCUCCCAGAGCAUCUGCUCUGAUGGUGGGUUCUGUCCACAUCACCAGUGUGCGUGCAGCCGUGCCAGUCCCCAUUGCAAGUCCACCCAUCUCUUCCCAGGAAGCACUCUGCUUUUUUCCUAGCUCCAAAUUCGUGCAGGAACAGCUCUUCCGCAGAAGCUAUUUCCAGCUGCAGAGCAAUGCUACCCUCUGCUGGCAGGCAAGACAAGCCAGCAGACGCUAGCGCUGCCUACACUUGGAAAUAGCCAGGUAUUCUCUCACCAGGGCUCUGCCCCACGGUUCAGCAGGUGCUGGAGCAGUAGGAGUGCUAGUGCAGGCUGCUUGCCAGCGUUUUGUUGUGUGACUGUGUUCAGACUUGGCCUAGACAAUAGUGGUUAAACUGCCAGCAGCAGCUCUGCAGUCAUGCUCCAUUAUGAUUAUUCCCAGUAAAGCUGCACCUGUGUAUGAUCAAAGGUAGAGAAAUUCCUGAAGUUCCUAGAAAAGAAGGGCUUAGGUAUUGCCAUGCCACCUGCCUCUGCUUCCUCUUCCGUGUGUCCAAGACUUGCCAAACCAAACACAGCAAAUAAGCCUGAUUGCAGUAAGUACUGCGUGACACUGGCUGGCUGCUCUGCUGUACCGAGUUCCCUUCUGUGAGGCCUCCCACUGCCUCCAACAGCGUAUUAAGGUCAUUUGGAAAGGUGAGCUUCAGCAGGGUUGGAGGAGAGAGCAAGCAAGUCUUUAAAUUCCUUGUCCAUAGGUGCUGUGGCUUGCAAACUGUACAGAGUAUCUGCUGGGGCUGGGUGGACAGAAGCACUAGGGGAGAAGGAAGCAGUUAUCAAAUGAGUCCCAGGGUUUUUUUUGUAAACAUUGGCAUUGUUGUAGCAUCAUUGUGUAGCCUUUACAACUACAAAAAGACAGUGUCUCAUUGUGUUAAUAACUAACCUAGCAGUUUGGCCUCCGCAGCCCUGAACGCUUUGUUUAGUCCAGCUCCUGUGCCUCAGCUUGCCUAGACUAAUUAUUUCCUGGGGAACUUGAGUUUCUCUUGAUUCUUUGGGAGCAUCCUUGCUCAUCCUGUUCAUAAACUGCUGUAGCGUGCGCUAAGAGCUGGUAACCCAAAGCUUACAGCAGCCCUAAGCUGAGUGGAUUCAACACAUGCUGGAGCUAUUUUAAGACUAAUCCCAUAACUACUGCUGAGUCUGUACCACAGCCACACCUGUGGAGAUAGUGGGAGGGGUUAUUUAUUUAUUUUAAGUUAUUUUAUUUAUUAACAUGCUUGCUAACUGUGCUUUCUCUCCCAACCAUCAGUGACUGUGACAGCCCGGCAAUAAAGCAUGCUGCAUAAGGCCA